AUGGGCUUUGCUCCUCAUGUGGUGAUGGACAGGAGACCACACGCGGGAUGGGAGCGCGUUUCCGAAGAGGCAACCUUUGCCCACCACAACCUUGACACAGAGGAGAAUUAUACCAAAGACAAGGCUGUAGUGCAACUUGGAGACCCCGACAAUGUCGAUCUUAACGCCGACCGUGGAUUCCAGGAGCAAUUCGAGGAGGUAUCAGAUGCAAAACAGUGGGUAUCCGUUACCGAAGCUGCCCCAGUCAGUUUAGCGGUUCUGUGCGGACCCAACAGUAUGCUCUCUGUUCUUGACGCCCCGGAAUCCUGUGGAUACUCCUUAAAUCGAGGACAAUAUCAGAACGCCUUAACUGUCCGCUUUUCAGGCUGCCUCAUUAGUCGUCAGCGCUCAAAAUACCACCAAAUAUCCUGUAUUCCCCAGAACCAGCACUUGGCUUGUGGUUUCACUGGAAUCUCGUCUUCCAAGUGUUUGGUGAUGGGUUGCUGUGUGGAUUCGGCAACUUCCGCCUGCUUCUACCCAAUGGAUGAGUGCACUGCAGACCAUCAGUUUAUCUUUGCCGUUCACCAUAACCUCACUACUUUCUCUGUGACUCCCACCAAACCUGUGGUUGCUGGGAAGUCUCGCUGUGGCCCAGUCAUUGUCACUGAUAAGUUUGUCGUCUUCAAGUUCUCAGUCACUGAAUGUGGAACUCGCUCAUAUGAAGUUGGCAAUACCGUGAUCUACACAGCAGAGGUACAGACGGCCGUUCGAACCCUUAACCUGAAGUAUGGCAUAAUAUCCAGAGACAACCCCCGCAGAGUCAUGGUUGAGUGCCGCUACCCUAAAACGCUGGGUACCGUGCCGUCAGUGGCGAGUGUGGGCUACAUGGUGAAAAGCCCCAGUGUAACAUUCCCUUCAAAGGUGACAUCCAAGGGACUGUUUGGUGUCGAACUCAGGAUUGCUGAAGACAAAACCUAUACCAAGUACCUCAAACGGCACCAUCAGCCCCUGCGUCUCUUCCUGGGUAAACUUGUGUAUCUAGAAGUUCGUCUGACUUCUCCAAAUCCAGAGGCGACACUUUUGGUCAACUACUGUCUUGCUUAUCCCCGCUCUGCCAAGAAUGUUCUGGUGCUCAUUCACGAAGGGUGUGCCAACCCUCAGGACCCCAAUGUCUCCAUCCUUAAAUUCAGCAACCUGCCCCAGAACCGCCACCAGCGUCGCUUCAUGGUCCAAGCAUUCCAGUUCAUGGAUCAACAGACCAACAAGUAUCUGGAUGAGGAGAUCUACUUCAUGUGCUCUACUGAAGUGUGUAUGCCCACAGAAAAAACUUGUGAAGAGCGCUGUUUUGAUGGAAUUAGUAGAUCUACUACAUGUGCUCUAAAUAAAAUAACUGAGAAGAGUGCUGCUUUAAAUAAAAGGUCUGACAAUCUACAGGGUGACACAUCUGAUGCUUGAACAUGCUAAAGAAAUGUGGUAAUUUGACUAAUGCAUAUUAAAUAUUUUUUUAAAUCUUG